AUGUACGAUAUUAAACAAAUGGAAAGUUUAAGAAUUAAUGACUCUGAAAAUUAGGAAAAUAAAUAUUAAAAUUUACUUCCAUCUGGUUAUCAGACCCCAAAAUUAAAUAUAAGUUUUAGACAUUGGUUGUAUAUGAGUUAAUAUGAGAGACAAAUAAUAAGAUCUUUAUUAAGCUCAAAUAUUUAAAGAAUACCUUAAGAAAAUAGUUACAUAUAUUUAGUUAACUAUGAUUCAGAAUUACAAAUAUUUAAAUAUUAAGGUGAAUAAGUAGUAAGAUCAACUUUGAAAAAUGGGUUUUGUUCUUUUGUAACAAUAAAUAAAUCAUCAAAAAACCCAAAAAUAAUAAAUAGUUUCAUGGUAGACAGAAACAAUAUCAUCCAUUAAUAUGAGAUGGAUUUUAGUAGAACUAAAAUUGAAGAAAGAAAAGAAGAACUUGAAAUAAAUAAAUAGUUAAACUUAGAAAAUGCCACUCUUUUAGCAGUAUAAUUUAAUUAAUGUUAGUGUGUAAUGAAUCCUAAUGGUUCUUUAUUUGUGACAGUUUCAGAAACUACAAUAUAUAUUUUAGAUUAAAUCAACGAAUUAAUUCUGUAAUUAUAAAAUCCUCUUAAAAUCAAGUACUUUCCCUAUUAAUUUAAUUUUGAAUAAAAAGUAUUUUUAGAAUUGAGUCCAUGUAACAAAUGUCUGAUAUUGGCUCAUUAAUCAUUGAUAUUUAUUUAUUGGAACAAUAAGUUAAUUAAAAAAUUUGAAUUAAAAAAGGAAUAAAUUAUUUUGAAUGUAUUUUUGUAAAUAAAUUUAGAUAAAAUUAUUUAAAGAAUAGCUUAUAAUAAUAACAAAUAUGGCUAUAAUAAAGAUAGAAAAUAUAUUUAAUAUAGAAAUUUAAUUGUAAUAAUAAGAUUAUUUUUAUCCUUUAAAGAAGGAAGAUGUAAAGAUUAGUAAGGAUUUUGAUAAUUAUAUAUAAUAUGGUACAUUUGAGAUUGAAAACUAAGAAUUAAAAUCCAUAAUAAUUUAGGAUAGACUUUGCAAAUUAUAUUUAAUAGAAAUGCAAAGUAUUUAAUAAGGAUCAUGGAUAAUGAAAGAAAUAAAAGUAUAAUUUAAAGUAGAUGAGAAAAUACAAUUUAUAGAAGUAGAAAGGAAAACAUUAUAAUCAAUUGUAUUGA